AAUAUUUUAAUUAAUUCCUAAAUUUGAAUCAGGCUCAGGCCUAACAAUUCGUCUCCAUUCCUCUUCCAAAUCUGAACGCGCCGCUCCCAAUCUCUCAUCUCCUCGGAUUCUCGCUCCGGUCGGCGGCGCCGAUAGCACGCCGCGACUUAGACCACCCCUUCCCUCCUUCCCCGUUCGCAGUGCACCCGACCAGACGCCGACUCCAGACUCCCCACCGGCGCUUCUCCUUCAAAUCUUCAAAGCAGUUGUAUUGGGGUGAAAGGUUCAUGGAGAAUGAGGAUGAAGUGAGAAAGGAUCGUGUGGUCGAAGCACGGGCCAGAAAUAUAAGCCACAAUGUGCGGUGCACUGAAUGUGGUAGUCAAUCUAUUGAAGACUCGCAAGCUGACAUUGCCAUUCUCCUCCGCAAGUUAAUACGAGAUGAAAUUCGGUCUGGUAAAAACGACAAAGAGAUCUACAAGAAGCUGGAGGAAGAUUUUGGUGAGACGGUGCUUUACACACCAAAAUUUGAUAUACAAACAGCAGCUAUAUGGCUGGCACCGCUGACACUUACUGGUGGCGCUGUGGCGAUAUGGGCGUUCAAUAGGUACAGGCGAAAGAAUAAUGUGCACAUUAUGGCGUUAGACCUUGUCCGAGGAGUCCCAUUAACACUGAAGGAGAGGGAGACGAUGCUUGAGCUUCUCACUCCACCUUCUACCAGGUGGUGGGGAAAAUGGCUUCCUCGAUGACUUGAGAGUGUCGACUUUGGAUUCUGUUGCAAACUAAAUGAUAGAAAGAGCAGCAAUCCCUUUGGUUUCUCUGUUUGAGCAAAGCCUUACUUUGUUGAGGUACUUUUAUUAAUCAUAUUUGAGUCUUAUUUGCUACAAAUGGUAAAAUUGAAUCUUAACAGUUCAAAGUUUGGAUCGAAUUUAUAAUAAUGUACAACUGUAUCUUUCCUUUUAGCAAAAGGUUGCAUUAACUGUGUCUCAUAUUUAUAGCAGCGCCUCUUGUAAUUUUGCUUGGUUAUGAAUUAAGUGAUUCUCUUUUUAUAUCCAUCUUUUUUAUUUAGUA